CACGGGAUUAAAUUUCAAAUAAACUGCGGGCACGAACAGAGUUCCAGAGACAGAGAGAGUGCGAGAUACAGAUACACAGAGAGAUAUAUAUACACACACACACACAGCGUGGAAAUACUGAGAGGAGAUAAAUAAAGAGGGUGCGACAGUACAGAGAGAGAAAGGAAAUACAGACAGACAGUGAGUGCAGAGCCAGGCAGGGAGACACCGGAGUUCCGUGUCCAAUCUCUGGGUCACAGGGACAGGCAGCCGGCGGGGAGACACCGGGAGAGGCAGUAAACCCAGGAGUGGCCCAGGCAGCAUGGCCCAGAAUGUGGAUCCCGCCGCCGCCGGCUCAGGAGCCGCCCGGAAAGGUAGUGAGAGCGGUACGGCCAUCGCCCGGGGCUCGGUGUCCAAGCGGUUGCAGCAGGAGCUAAUGACUCUGAUGAUGUCUGGUCACAAAGGAAUUUCUGCUUUCCCUGAAUCGGACAACCUAUUUCGGUGGAUUGGAACCAUUGACGGUGCUGCAGGGACGGUUUAUGAAGGUCUGAGGUACAAGCUCUCGCUGGAAUUUCCCAGUGGAUACCCAUACAACCCUCCAACUGUGAAGUUCCUCACUUCCUGCUACCAUCCCAAUGUAGACGGAGAAGGGAAUAUUUGCCUGGAUAUCCUCAAAGACAAAUGGUCAGCACUUUACGACGUCAGGACAAUCCUGCUCUCGAUUCAGAGUUUACUGGGAGAACCAAAUGUCCAAAGUCCCUUGAAUGUUGCUGCAGCUCAACUAUGGUCUAACCAGCAAGAGUACAAGCUGCGAUUACAUGAAGCAUAUGCUCGACAGCUGAAGAGUUAAAUUGAGAUCUGCUGUCUUACCUCCUGUGAUCUUCCUCCUGGUUCUCCUGUGUUUCUCUUUUGAAUGUUUGUCUGUCUGUCCAAUUAUGAUAAUGGGCACAUGUUUAUUUUUAAAUUUACCAUGUGAAUAAAGUGCACUGUGGCUGAAUAUUUUCUAAUAAACAGCA